AUGCGAGAUCUAUCUCAUCAGCUGAUAGCCGAAAAUGAACGACGAAAAGUUCCUAUGAAUAUUUCACUUCAAAAUCGAAUUAUCAUUAAUAUAAGUGGUGUUCGUUUUGAGACAUUCAAAUCUACUCUUGAAGUCUAUCCAGAUACGUUGUUAGGCAAUGCAAAACGACGUAAAUAUUAUUAUGAUAAUAUUCUUGAUGAAUAUUUCUUUGAUCGUCAUCGAGGAUGUUUUGAAGCUAUUCUUUAUUAUUAUCAAUCAAAGGGUCGAUUACGUCGACCGAAUUCGGUACCACUUGAUACAUUUCUUGAAGAAAUAGCAUAUUUUGAUUUGGGUCAAGAUGCUCUUGCUCAAGUACGUNUGUACUAA